AUCAUCGAAAGCGUGAAUUAAGUACGCUCUUUAACAACACGAAAAGUUGUGUCCGGGAUGUCGUCAAUGUCUGAGUCGGAUAGUUAUCAAUCGAGCCAAUUGACAAGCGAGCCCGAUCUUGUGGCGCUGGAUGCCAAGAUAAUGGCGGUAAUGGAUGGAACUGAAGAGCUGGAGAGGGAGAUUGGCAAGAUGAUGGCUCUGCAGCAAGCGAUUAGUGAUUACAAGAAGAGCCAUCAACAUAGAACUCAAAGAACCAAGGAGAAGCUUACGGAUAUGUCUAAAGACCUUACAAUCACCGGGAAGAACAUUGUUAAGUCGUGUGAAGAGCGGCUCAAGCAAAUCUCGGAUGUCACCGAGCCAUACAUCAACAGCGGAAUCUCAUCGGUGGAAGAUCACACCUCCUCGGUUGUGGAGCGCUGCAUUCAAAUGCUCGGAGCAAUUUCUGGACUUGGUGGGGCAAUGAAGAAAACGGAGGGAUUGUCUUCGAAAGUGCUCGAGCAUCACAGAAAGCUCGCGAUCAUGGAGCACAAGCAAGCCGAUGCAAUUUCUCGCUACGAGAAAGCCGUCGGAGUUCAGAAGCUCGUCCGCGAGCAUCCGGCUGGAGACCCACUGCACGAGCUCGCAAAUCUUCUUGGCAUUUUCUUGGCUCUCCAACAAUCUCCGAAUACGUCGGAGUACUACAAGAAAGUUUUCGAUGGAUUUGGAGGACGAGUCACCGCGUUGUUCGCCGAGAUAGAUCGUCCAAAGACCGCAAAAUCUCUCGCUACGCGUUCUGGCAUGUCAACCCUGUCGAGCAUGAGCAACGGAGAAAUCAACUUGGAAUCUAUCAAGGACAACACUGAAAUUCCAGUCGACACUUGUCAAUAACUUGGUUCUGGUUAAAGCUCCCUUUUUCUUUUAUUUUUUAAGUAAAAGAAAUGAAGAGUUUGAU